CGCUGCUGCGGUCCCGCUCCAGUGCAGCCACUGGGGACUAAACGCCGCAAUGGCUUUAUUUUGAAACUCCAGGCGGAAGCCCCCGUGAGCCUACCUAGCUUGGCAGCGAGCCUCGUUGCUGCUGCUGGAGCUGUUCCGUGCAGGACUUUCUCUUCCAUCACUUCCUUCUCUUGAGCAAUGUGUGGUGAGGCAGGGGGGUGUGAGGAGCGCGACUCUUCGCUGCUUCGCGCGGCUCAGGAGCCAUGGCGGAGCGGGUACUGAGGACGAACCAGCGGCCGGAGCACGGCGGGUCACCGGGAGCGGCUGAGCAGACGGGGAAGGACCCGCGUUAUUACCUGCAGCGGGGCCACUACAACUCCUAAUGACGGAAAGCGAUGGUGACGCCCGCUGAACUUUUCCGCACAUCUUCAGCUCUGCUCUCGCACGGCCGUUUUAACUUUUCACUAACGGACAGCUGUCGGAGCUCGAUGGUUUCGUAGCGACACGGAGUUUGGUGUGCUCUUCUCUUCUUCCAGGACGCUGUCCCGUAAAGCCAUCUGCCUCUAGCAGAAAUCUGGCUUGCUGUCCUGCAGUAAGCUCGCAAAGCGCCUCCUUAAUUUUUCAAAGCCGACUCAGUAGAGGUUAACAUGGGGGCAAAGCAGAGCAGCCCCACUGCUAAUCCAGCUGCUAACGGACGUACCAGAGCCUACUCCGGCUCGGACCUGCCCUCCAGCACGUCCGGCAGCAACGGUGGCAGGACUGCCGCACGGGGGGUGAGGUACCACGGUGCGUCCGGAACCUCCGGAGCCGGCACCAGCCAGCAGCUCGGAGCCAGGGCCAGGUCUGUGGGGGGCUCCAGUGCCAGACCCCACUCUGGCAUUAACAUUCCAAACAGCAGCGGAGCCUACAGCUCCCCGGAGUCCGGCGGCAGCAGCCCGGAGGAGGGGGCAGACAGGGAGCGCUCGGGCGGAGGGCACGAAGGUCCCCGGCUGUUGAUUGGAUCGUUACCAGCACACCUUUCGCCUCAUCUGUUCGGAGGCUUCAAGUGCCCCGUGUGCUCCAAGUUUGUGGCUUCAGAUGAGAUGGAUCUUCACCUGGUUUUGUGUUUAACUAAACCCAGAGUCACAUACAAUGAGGACGUCCUGCCCAAGGAUGCAGGAGAAUGUGCCAUCUGCCUGGAGGAACUGCUGCAGGGAGACACCAUCGCUCGCCUGCCCUGCCUCUGCAUCUACCAUAAAGGCUGCAUCGAUGAGUGGUUUGAGGUGAACAGGUCCUGUCCUGAGCAUCCAUCCGAUUAAAGCUUUCAUUGUACAGGUACAUGAGAGGUCCACUAGAGGGACCUACAAACUGAAGUCCCUGGAUCCAGGGAGACCGCUGGACUCUGUGACCACUGUGAUCAGUUAACCCCCGCAGCCCACCCACCCACCCAAUAAUGUAGUACCACAGUGUGCCAAAUCUCAUUUAAACAAUCUUCAGGGAUACAAACUUUGUGUUUUACGUUUGAGUUGCACAUUUACACUCAGCAUCAGAGCUGACAGACUCAUGUCCACCUCAUAUCCUCUCCAGCCCUGACAGUGGGGGCCAUUAUGGCAGACAGGGCUCUUCUUCCUGAGGGGGAGGUGUCAGCUGUUUGUACAGCAGAAUGGUGGAGGAGGUAGAGGUGAGUUGGAGGGAGAUGGUGGCAGACCUGCUCCGACUCGGCUCCUCCCCUCCUUCAGCAUCAGUGUCUCCCAGUGCCUUGUUGUAGCGACGCCCAGUACGCAGCAGACGGGACAGGGGAGUCCAGACUGUGAGCAGAGCCGGCUGCCCCCCCACAGGACCAUCUCACCACUACUCCCAUUCUACCAGGGCAGGAGAAACAAGCCAGAGACGGUCUGUCUGCAUCUGCAGCUUCUCAGAACUGACACUGCUGCUGCAAAAAUGGUGCCAACCAACUGUGAAUAUUGUCAAACGCUCAGUUAUCAGUGCUUUUUAAUCACAAACCACAGAGUGAAGGUCUUCAGGUACAGAAACCUGACCCCAACGCUCACCAGCCUAAACCCACUGCAGCAUAUUGCUGCCACCAGGAGGAGAAAAAAAAUCUCUCUUCUCUGGCAAGAAAACGUUCCUGUUGGACCUCGAUCUUCUGUAUGUCCGAACAAGAUAUUUUUUAUGUGACAGUGAUUUAUAACAGCAUGCAGAAGUUCCUCUGUAUUACAACUUAGGCUAAAUUAUUAUCCACUCAUCCUCUUUCUUAACUGCUUGUCCAGCUUACGUUGUGUCCACGCUGGAAGCGAUUAGCUCGUUGCGCUUCGUUUUGGAGCUGGCGGCUGCUUAUUUGCAGACAAUUCCAACUUCGGUUGGCUGGGUAACCCUCUGAUGUAUUUACUUCCAGGUCAUAUGUCAGUCAGCAGUAUUCUUCAUCCUCCUUUCAUGAUAUGCCUGGAAUACCUACUUUGGGAGGCAAAGGCAUCAUUAGCGUAUCAUCCCAACUAAAGUCUAAAACCCCGUCCACAUAUGAGGCCAUUUGCCCGUCACACACUCUGUGUGUGGCAUUGACGUCUCUGCUACAUUGUUGUCAUUCUCUUCCUGUGUGGACGCCACUUAAGCCCAGAGGCACAUUGGAGGAAACUCAUAUCAGGUGCCUGUGUCCGUGAUCCUUUCCUUCGAUUACUAUUAGAGCUCACGAGCAAAGGUAGAGAUAGAAAAAUCAGCAGUAAAGUGACCGUGUGGGAAUUAAAGACUAGCGCGAUAUACAGUCACCAAAUGUUACCUAUGAUAACAGUGGCAUCACAAAACAGCAAUACAUCACUGUAUCCAUGUGACUGAAGAAGACAAAAAUAUUUAUUCUCAGAAUUGCUGUGUCUGUGUGCAUAUUGUUUAAGAAUUUUAAUCAUUUGAUUAGUUUUCUGCUUUCCCCUGUAGUCCUCACCGUCAGCAGGUAUUCCCCCUGUGAGUCUCUUGUCCUUUCAUUCACUUUCAUUUAUCUUUGUUUGUUUGGGUAGUCCACAAGGGAAGGGGUCAUGAAGUAGUGACCUGUUAAGACAGAUUAUUGGAGGAGUUUAUGUAGUGCCCACAUGCUUUAUUAACAGUAUCGAGUAUUGACAGUGUAUCCCAGUGUAUUGCCAUAUCAAUCGUUUGUCCUAGCUGGAAUAAGCUCCAGCCAUCCCACAACCCCGUAUUUUGGAUAAGUGGUUAAUAAAAUGGAUGGACGGAUAUUUCGUCCCUGUCCUAGUAAAGAUGGAACUUCACCUUCACCACGACAGACCAGAACAGCUUCAGUUCCACACCUGUCUUCAUCAGACCCUGAGAUACUUUGUGUCCACCAGCAAGUGGCAGUCCACAGUGUUCCAGCAAAGCACCAGGAACAUGGAUUUUAAGGUAUAUCGUCCAGGCUGCUUUACAUUUGGCUGCAAGCCACUCCAGUCCGUACUGAGGAAGACAGUUCCCUGAUGAACCCAGCAGGAACACAUAUUUAGCCCCAGGGCAAACAGCAUGUGAAUAAAAUAUGUCCCCACAUAAAUAAUAUCUUGUUCCAUCUCAUAACGAGAAAAGGUGGGAAAGCAUUUGAAGACAUUGAGUUAUUACUUUUUAACUUUUAGCUUUGUGUUCAUUCCCUUCAGUUGUUUUUUUUUUAUCAAGUCUGUCAAGCUUUGUUAAUUUCUGCAUUGUAUCAUAAUUGUAGCAGCUGCAGGUGAACUGGCUGCUGCUCAGAGUGGCAUGUGUGAGCCGGUUUACUCAUGUGGACUUGCAGGACUUGAAAGGCACCAGGAAAACAACACUGAACUUUCUGGUGUUUUGCUGUGACUUCAGUUUCAGUGACUUAUUAGUUUUACUAAAACUCUGUGCUGUGAACAGCUGAGGAAUGUUGCAUUCGCACUGGGAGUCGGCAACUUGUUGCUGUUGGUUUGUGAACUGGAUUUCAGUGGAUUGCUCUCGGGUCCUGGCAGCUUCAACAAUCCAAGUGCUAAGGCUGAGGAAACUUAAGCAAGACAGAACUGGAGGGACACUGGGUCAACUGGACCUGACACCACUGAGCCAGGCUGUUUUGGGGUUAGGUGUGCCUGAAGACCUCACUGAGGAACUGGAGUGGACAGACUUUUAAUCCAGUAAAAAAUAAAAACAACUCUUCCUUGACAUUGAUUUCACCAACGAGCUCACUUUCAGCCUUAGAGGAUGAGCUAAGCUCAUCAGUGGAAUCAAACCCAUCCACUGAUUCAGGGCAUGUGUGGAUCCCAAAGCUCCAAAACAUCUGAAAUGUGUCAUCCGUUUCCCUCACCAUCUCUCUUUCCUGUGACUCCAGUACUAAAUCCACCUCUUGUUCCACCACCCUGGAGAUCGUGUUUAUGCUGGAAAAAUAAUGAAGCUGCUUCAUUGCUUCCUUCAUGGCAACUUUAAAAGCAGUCUCAUGUAAUUGCAGCUUCAUGGGGGUUUAAUGAGGGCAUGAUGAAGUUUCAUUGCUUCAGUGCUUAACAUUCAGCCUACUCCUCAGUGGAUCGAUCCCCAACACCUCCGGUCCAUGUGUCGACGCAUCCUUAGGCAAGAUACUGAACCGCAAGUUACCCCAAUGCAUCCAUAGGAGUGAGUGAGUGUGUGAAUAUCAGAUACAAUCACUGUAUGAGUGUGAUUGGGUGAAUGAGACUUGUAUCAGCACAUGCUCAAAUUGAGUAGAAAGGUGCUAUUUAAGUACUAGUCCAUUUACCAGUUACAGACAGUUAAAGUCGUAGAAAGGCAGCCAGCUACAGAGCUUCUGUACGUAAGUUAUCUGCUGCGAUAGUCAAGUUUAGGCCUAGAGACCGGUCAGUAAUCCCGAAGCAACAUCUGGUCAGCAGGGAAAACUGUGUUCCCUGAUUCCCUAACCCGUUAGCGAGAUUGCUGGCUGUCUCUGAGAGAAUCAGUCGUUAAGUGUGUGUUGCAUCAAAAACCUCCUUGCAGUUGCGUUGGUUGCUAGCAUGGUCACCUAUAGUUUGCAUAGAAGACACUGACCUGUCUGCAAAUGCUUGCUAACCAACCACUGAGAGGCAGUCAAAAAAGAGUGCAACACAAACCAGAAACAGAGAGCGUUCCCCUUCAAAGAAGAAGUUGUGCCUUUACCACCCAAACCAACAUGUUUCACAAGGUUCAACCUUUGAAGGUGAUGGUCUGUUUCCAGCUUGUGUUGCACUUUUUAAAGAUUCACUACCGCUUGGUGUGCAAUUAGCCAGUGUUUGCAGACAAGUUAGCUUCUUCCAUACAGACUGGGUGACCACAGCAGUCUGUUAGUGACCAAAGCAAUCACAGGGAGGUUUUCAAUUCAGCACCCGAUGCCUCUUUGUGACCAGUUUCACCUAGCUACAGCAAGGAACCUCACACAACCAUUCACCAACCGGUCAGUAGAGACAAAUUUACAUU